AUGCUCCACAGUGCUCGAGACGAGAACGCCGGCACGGGCGAGGUCGCUCGUUGCGCCGCCAGCGGCGAAGCGGCGGCCGCACGCGAGGCAGCGCCCACCGGUUCGUCCUCGCUGGCAUGCUGGCCCAAGCGCAUCGAUGCAACUUUCGGUAACAUUGAGCGGGACGGACGACGUGCCGGCUCGGUGUUCGCGGACGCUUCGGCGUCUUCGCCGAUGUCGCCGCAGUUGAAGAGCCCCGGCAGUGUUCCAACCUUUAACUCACCCUCUGAAUCGCCUGCGGCCCGCAAAAAGUGGAAGCCUUCGCCUACUCUAUGGCAGCGCCUGGCCGCACAAGCAGAGUCCAUCAUGCAUCAGGACCCCCGUGACAAGAGCUAUCUCGUCCGAGUGCCGACGUACCCGUUCGUCACCGAGGGAGAGAGAGAAAAGGAUGAGGCGGAGGUGGUCGCGGAGGAGGAGGCGUUGGUGUCUUCACCGUCGGCGUUGAGUGCGAGCCCAAGGACCACGUUCCGGCCGAGCCUGCGCAACCACGAGCAGUUUGAGGCGGUUCUGAGCGCACAGUUCCGUGCCGUCACAGAACGGCGAGGGAAGAGGAGGGAGCGGAAAGAGUUUGAAAAGGUCCGAAAGAAGGACCGACUGACGGAGCAGCCAGAGCACCGCUCGAACGACAUCAAGGUGGCUGCCCUGGCCGCAAAGCUGCCGCAGCAGCGGUGGCCACCAUAG